CACCGGAAGAAGAAAGCUACAUGGCGCCUGCUCACUGCUCCGUUGAACUCCUCUCACUUUGAUGGCUGGGAUGAAGCUUCUCCUGCUCACCCUCUAUGAAUACUCUCCUCUCUUCCACAUCGUGGUGGUUUCUCUCUGUUUCCUCCUCACCGCCGCCAUCGUGCUGGGCUGGUUUGGCUUCGAUGUCCCAGUGAUGCUUCUCAGCUCUGAUGAGACGGAGCCAGUCACUCCAACCCCUGAGAGGCCGAUGGUACAGGAGACCAAUCCGUUUUCUCUGGCACUGGGCUCGGGGCCCGCAAGUGUCAGUGAUGGUGUGUCACUGAAACUGGGCUGUCUGGGGCCAUGUGUUCUUAGCUGUUUCUGGGGCUGUGAAGUCAGUGCUCUACAGCGGGCUCUACAUAACCAUCAACAAAACCUGAAGCUCACCUGUCCACAACACUUCCUUGAGGCCCUGCACCUACACUUCCACUACCAUCAAAUGUUCCGUAUCAGCAGAGGAGAUGAACACGAAUGUCACACUUGCAUCCCUCAUGACCAGAGUAUUACAGAUUUUGGGCCUCUGCCAAGGAAACACUAUCCCCUCGUGGCUGUACUGACUCUGGCAGAAACAGAGGCCAGGAACCUUUACAAUAUUGUGGCAAGUGUGAUCGUUAUUCACAUACCUGAUGACAUUUACAGACUUUCUGCACGAAUUCUCUUUCAAUAUCUUCUCACAUCACAAGGAGAUGUGCAUGAAUUAAAACCUCUCUUCAUGUCAGCUGAGACGUCUGGGCCUCCUGAUUUGGAGAGGAGCUGCCAGCCAGAAGAAACCCAGAUGGAGGGAGAUCCUUUGAGAGAAGAGACAGACUGGUCAGAGCAUAUUGGCAGGAACUGUGUAGUAUGUCAGAAUGCAGCAGUGAACAGGGUGCUUCUGCCCUGCAGGCAUGCCUGUGUGUGUGACAGCUGUAUGCUGCACUUUCAACACUGUCCCAUUUGCAGGGCCUUUGUCAUGGAGUCAUUUGCACUUAGAGCAACACGGACAUGAUGGCUGCUGGCUUGUCGAUAGGGGGCACUGGGGUGACAUCCAUGGUGGAAAAUGUGUAGAGUUAGUAGAUCACCACAACUAUUCUUUUAAAAUUCUAUGUGCACAAGGACAAUUUCUAAUUUGUCAGGAUUUCUGUUUCAGUUUUUGUUUAUUGGCGCUUCAUUUUUAUGUAGGUUUAGAAACAUGUUUUUAGUGAGCAUGUAUCUAUGUUUUAGUUCCUAAGCUUCCAUGUGUCUACCUGCUGGUUUUUGAUUGGCUACUCUUGUUUCAUUAUUUUAAUUUGAUUUUAAAUAUGUAUUAAAUAUUAUGAUGAAAAUAAUUAUGCAUUUCUCUAAAAGGAUGAAUAUUGGUAACACUGGUCUUUAGACGAUUGAACCAUUGAUCAAACCUUUGUUCAGUUCCAGCAGUCAAACCAGCAGCAGGUAGAGAAAAAUAAAAAAUUUGGUUCAGUUUAGAAUGU